UCCUUUGUUUUUGGCUCUCGUCCUUCUUACCUUAUAUAACAUCUGUUAUAUAUUACACUAUCCUAACUCCAAGCAUAAUCAUAGAAACAGAUACAGAGAGACUAAAAAAACAGAAACUCUCUUUCUCUUCCAGAAGGUUUUAGACAAAACAUGGACGUAUUUGAUGGACUUCCAGAUGCGAUCGUUGUCGAUAUCUUGAACAAAGUCGGUGACGUUAAAACCUUACAUCGUUGCAGUACCCUCUCCAAGCGAUUCAGCUCGCUUGUACCUCGGUCUGAAUCACUCUUCCUCCGACUCGAUCAGUUCGCUACCACCGACACGGAGUCACGAUCCGAUUCUCCCGUCAGCAAAAUUUUCCAAUCAUUAGUCAAGCCUUUCCAAGGUUUGCUCUCUUUAUUCUCUAAACCGGCUAAACCGACCCGGUACACGAAUCUUUCACCGACUAUUCCUUCCAAGAUUCUAUCUCCCUUUGACCGGAUCAUGAAUCUCGAAGUCGAGCUUCCCGGCGUCGAUGUAAGCGUUGAGAAAGGCGCCGCAAUUAAGUGGAAAGCCGAGUUUGGUAAAACUCUUAAAACCUGCGUCGUCGUGGCGUUUCGUUCCGCCUCCACCGUGUCCUCAUCUUCUUCUUCUACUCUCGAUGGUGAGUCAGAUGCCGAGUUCGUGACUGGACUGAAAACGCGCGUGGUGUGGACGAUAAGCGCUUUGAUCGCCGCGUCGUCUCGCCAUUUCUUGAUGAGCGAAGUCGUGAAGGAGCAUAAAGAGAUGAAAAGUUUGGUGGUGCAUGACGUAGGAAGAGAAGGGACGGUGGUGAUGGGAUCGGAGGGGCUGAGAGAGUUUCGAAAGAUGGAGGAGGCGCGUGGGGGAGAAGCGGAGGAACGCGUGAUGAAAAACGGGAGGAGUGUGGUCCCGAAGGUGAGGAUGAGUAUGAGACACGCGCCGUUUCUUAAGCUCAAGAGCGGUAUAACUUUAGAAUCUGCAACGCUCGUGAUCGUAAGGCCGAGCGAAGAAUAUUCCCAUGGCGGAGAUGAUGAGUUAGCGACGGAGGCUUUCGCCGGAAAUUGUAUGUACGGUGAAGCGGUCGUGGCGUUGUUAAAACUUAAGAAGAAUACUUUAGAAAUUAACUCAUUUUAAGCUUUCGUUGGGCCUUGUAAUGGGCUUUUGGGGCUUUCUUGUAAGAAAUAUUUUCUUUUCCACUGUGUUGUGUGCCGUGUGCGCAUUUACAUGUAUACCAUACAAAAAGCUGGCUUUGACACUUGACUUGUGUAUCAUUUUGGUCAAUAUUCAAAAGCAUAUAAGGAUUUUGAUUCUCUAGUGA